AGUCGAUAAAAACCAGUGGACCACAGUUGCCCGCCGAGUCCAAGGCGAAGUGGAUGAACGGAUCCGACCUUUUUCCUUGUACGGCGUCUUUCUAUAGCUGCGAAGGAGCUGCUCUACAAUGAUGCUCCAACUCGUGCAUCUCGUGGCGUUGUUGGUGUGCGGCAGCCAAGCUAUCCUGCAGGUUUCCAUUUCUUUGAGCAAGGGGGAGUUAAGUGUUGGAGACUCCAAGUUCUUCAUCUGCUCAGCCAUUGGCGAGCCGGUGAGGCUGGAGUGGUACAAUCCUCAGGGCGAGCGCAUCGUGGCCUCCAAGCGAAUGGCGUUUCACACGGAGGCAUCGCGAUCCCGGCUCAUAAUCUACAACGCCAGUGUGGAGGACGCCGGCAUCUACCGCUGCCGGGCCACUGAAGCCAGUGGUCGCAUGGCGGAGGCAUCAGUGGUGCUGGAGAUUUACCAGAGGCUGACUUUUCGAGACAUCCAGUCGCCGCAGGAAUUCCGCUACGGUGAUACGGCGGAGGUGCUGUGUGAUGUCAUCAGCUCGCCGGUGCCGCAGGUCGUGUGGUCCUACCAGGGGAGGGAGAUCACUGAGGAACGCCACAGCAGGUUCAAAAUGCUGACAAACAACAGCCUGCAGAUCCACCGCGUGACCAAAGCGGACGAGGGAGUGUACCGCUGCGAGGCCAGCGUGGAGGCUCGCGGCGAGAUCGACCAUGUGGAUAUCGCCGUGGUGGUCAACGUUCCCCCGGUUCUGUCCGUUACCCAACAGUCAUUCAACGCCACCGCCGACUACCAGGAGUCCGUCACCUUUACUUGCAUCACCUCCGGAUCGCCCGACCCUGUGGUAACAUGGCACAGGAAAGGCCAGCGACUGGAGCCAUCGGAUCAGUACAUUCUAAGUCAACUGGAAGGGGGGCGGAGCAUGCUCACCAUCCGCAACAUCCGUCAGGUUGACGGAGGCUUCUACUACUGCAAGUCUGCCAACAAGGCCGGCUCUCAGGAGAUGGAGCUCUUCCUCAAAGUAUUUGUCCAGCCCCACAUCACACACCUGAAGAAUGUGACAGCGGUGGAGGGCAGCGCCGCCAUGAUUUUCUGCAUGGCUGAGGGCGAGCCGUUGCCGGACAUCUCCUGGAGACGAGCCAGCGAUGGGCGGACCUUUGUGGACGGAGACAAGAGCCAGGACGGACGCUUCGAGGUGCGCGCUCACCACGGCAAAUCGGUGCUGACCGUCAGCGGCGUGAGGCUUGCCGACCUGGGCCGCUUCGACUGUGAGGCGCUCAGCAGGAUCGGAGGGCAUCAGAAGAGCAUGUUCCUUGACAUUGAGUACGUACCAAAGUUCUUGAGCAACCACACCAUCUACUAUUCUUGGGAGGGCAACCCAGUGAACAUCAGCUGUGAUGUGAUGUCCAACCCGCCCGCCACUUUGCUGUGGGGGAGGGAACACUUUGCCAUCUCGCCGGAAGGGACCAGCAACACUCGGGUGCACAACGCCAUGGGCAAGUCUCUACUAGAGGUUACGCCGAUGUCCGACAGGGACUUUGGUCGUUACAACUGCACCGCCGGCAAUAACGUCGGCAUUCGCUACCAGGAAUUUAUUCUGGCCCAGGCAGAUGUGCCGUCCAACCCGCACUCGCUACGCCUGUCAGCCAUCUCCCGGCGUUUGGCCGCCGUCACGUUCGUGAAGCCGGAUUCCCACGGCGGCGUGCCCAUCGGCUAUUACCUGGUGCAGUACAAGGAGUUGGGCCCACAAGACUGGAAGGACGUCCGAUCGCAUAGUGUGCACACGACGGUGGUGCUGAGCGGCCUGGAGCCCAAUACGACGUACGAGGUUCGAGUGGCGGCCGUCAAUGAGAUGGGUCAGGGCGAGUUCAGUCACAUGGAGACUUUCCAGACUUUACCCGUCCGAGAACCGAGCCCACCAGCAGUCCACGGGCAGAGAGGACUGGGCAAAGCCUACAAGCUGGGCUUGGUCAAGCAGGAUGAUGGCGGCAUGCCCAUCGUGGAAUAUAUCGUCAAGUACAAGACAGAUAAAGAAGAGCAAUGGAUGACCAAGCUGGUUCCGGGCUCCAAUGACUUUGCCACUUUGCAGCCGCUGCAGUGGAACACCCGAUACGAGGUGGAGAUUACGGCCCGCAAUGUUAAAGGCUUGUCGGAGCCCACCUUCUAUCAGUUCUUCAUGCCACAGAAACCGGAAAUCACAGAAUCCCUCUUCAACGGGCUGAGCCUCGGGGCGGUGGUGGGCCUGGGCCUGGGAGCGCUCCUCCUGCUUCUUGUCCUUGUGGAUGUCAGCUGCUUCUUCCUGCGCCACUGUGGUCUGCUGAUGUGCAUCACGCGCAAGCUGCGCAGCAAAAAGACAGCCACCGGCGGCAAAGAAAUGGAAGAGGGCAAGGCCGCCUACCUGAAACUCACGAUGAAGGAAGAAAUUGGCAAAGAGUCUCUCAAGGAUACUAUUGAAAUCAAACUGCAGGGCGACCGCCGCAUCCACCCUAAGCCGGACGACAACAAAGCAUAGAAGGGAUGGGGAGGGGGGCCGGCGGCGGGGGCAGCUUUCCCGCAAGAAAAUUCGGAUCACCAGACCAAAACCCUAACAAACAUACUGCGGUGGAAGGAAAAAUGAUUGUAUAUUUUGUGUUUUGUUGUGUCUGGUUAUGAUGCUUUUAUUUGACCCCCCCUCCUCCUUUUCAUAUCAAAAGUAUUCACAGUUGAGUCAUUGCUCCCCCGCUGAGCUCUCUCUCGCUCAGCAUCAUCACGCUUGCGGGCCAUUCUAGCCAGAGAACCUCAACGAUACGCCGAUGAUGUCAACCUUCUUAGUUUCCCUGGCGUGAUUGGGCAAGCUUCAGUAUGGACAAACUAUUUUCUACAGAACAGGGGGAAAGAAUCGUUUCAUUCUGUGUUGCCAGAGAACAAACAAAAAGGGACUCGUCAAAUAAAAAAGACAAAAAAGAAUGAUGUCGUGGCAAGUAGCAUAUGUGGGUUGAGUUGUUUUCAAAAGUCUUUUUCUAAAGUAUUGACGCUGAGUAUUGUUGCCACUGUUGUCAUCUGUCAUUACGCAAUGGAUGUUUUUGCUAUUUCGGUCUCCUCCUGUGAGCUUGAACUGUGAACGUUUCGAUCGAUCCGAGCGAGCGCUUUGUCGGAGGGAACCAACCGACCAAUCGUCAACAUUUACCUUGAUCUCUAUGCGCUCUGUGCCUUUGAUGUCUCCUCAAAGUACCCCCCCCCCCCCUUUCUCCUUUUGCUCGCUGACAUUGUCACGUGUUGUACAUAGGUGAGAAGAAAAAAAUAUUUUGCAGAGCUUUUAUGUAAAAACACUAUAAAAGAUGUGACUUUUUUUUUCUUUCGCAAAAGGCAGAUCGUUCUUUUGUCAUGUUGUAUUUGGUCCAAAGCUUAGUGCUCGUCCAACUUUUGAUUGUUUUGUCAAAUGUGCAGCGAUCGCGUUCAUCUGAAUUGAGGAGGUCAUUCUAUUUGUUGAGACAUGAAUGUUUAUAUGCGCUGGGAAAUGUAGUAAACACUGAAGAGAACAUUAGUAUGAGUGGUGGGAUGACUACUGAUGCUGACAUAACAGGUCUGUCAGAAAGAUUCCAGGACCGGCGGCGCAAUCCAUAUCUUUCAACACACUUUUUCAGUCCACUCUGUGAUGCCUUCGGAUCUCCUUGAGCUAGGGAAGGAGGGGCAAAAUCAUGAGUGCUCGAGAACGUUGCUCCAGCACGGACACGGCAAUGUUGUUCUCUGCCAGGAAGUGUCAGACGCUCAGGGUAUUGAGAGCAGGUGCGAGUUGAAAGCACAACAUUUGCUACAGGAUCUCUUUGUGGAGGUGCUGCUUGAUCGCCUGAGCUCCACAGAAGGACCAUUUGGUUUCUUUUGUGACACCAGCCCUAGAACCUUUCUGACAUACCAUGUUGAGCUUUGUCAACUUUGUCUUUGGCAACUCUGAUUUUAUUUUAUUUUUCUGCUGUAUUUUUCAUCUGAUGUUGUAUGAGAUGAUCAUGACCUCCCAUGAAUGUGACUCGUUGAUUUAUGCACUUGUGGACCGUGAUUGACUCCCCCAGGCCGCCGCUCAGACCGUGGAUUAUUUUUUUGGUUUGUUUUUUUACAACGUGCUUUGUCCCAGCCAGCCUAUUCUGCCUUUUGUAAUAAGUUUAAGUAGAAACACGUUUACAUGCAGCGCUUUACCUCCCUCUAAUAGUUGCAGUGGGAAGAGCAAAUACCGAAUGGCAGCAAGCAAUGUCGACUCGUGUGCAUCUGUUAAAAGCAGAUGUUUAAAGCUUUUAUGUUGUGCCUUGGACAAGAUUUGUCCGUGAGUAUUAUUCGAAUUUUGAAACAAUAUUUUAGUUUGGUUACAUGUGAUGUUUAAUGCAAACCUAUUCACCGUAAAUGUGAUGUAGCUUGUAUGUGUUGAGCUAACGCACAAUUUUACUCCUAGUUUUAAGACGGUCUUAAGAGGGCAAUGGUUUGAGGCCAUUCUACAAAUAAACUAGCUAAAAGAAA